CCGGCGCCUGCCUGGCAGCCGCGGUUCGAGAAGAGGCACUCCCUGCGCGCAUGGGCGCCCGAGGGUCGCGGCGGGGAGGGCCGCGGCAGAGGCCGCGGCGGCGCGAAGGGCCCCGCCAAGGGCAAGGGCAAGAGCGGCGCCCCCGACAGCGGCCGCGCGCGACGCGCCGCCCAGUCGACUGGCGAGGACGCGGAUGGCGCGCUGGCAGUCGCGGAGGAGGUGCCCCUGGACGGCUUCCGGCGCCACCACUGGGUCCGCAGCGCGCACGACGGCGCGGUCACUGCCGUCUGCGUGACGCAGGACGGGGUGUACACCGCGUCGCAGGACGGCGGCCUCAAGAGGUGGAAGCCGCGGCAGGCCGCCUCGGGGCGCUUCGAGCUGCAGCCCGAGCUGCAGGUCCCGCUCGGGGGGCCCUGCUGGUGCAUGCUGCACGAGGGCGACUGGCUCUUCUGCGGGCUGGAGAGCGGGCGGGUCCGGGCCUUCUCGAGGCAGGGCGUGGACCUGACCAUCGAGCAGCGCGCGGAGGGCGUGUCCUCCAUGCUGGUGCACCAGGACGUGCUGCUCACAGGCAGCGCCAGCGGCGGGGUGGGCUGCUGGAAGUAUUCCCCAGAGGCCGGGACCUUCGCCAACGUGCACGCCGUGGCGGACGUGGCUUCGAGCCAGGUGAGGUGCCUGGCGGUGAUGUCCGGCAGGCUGUGGGUGGGCUGCUCCGGCGGCGUGACCACGGCGGGGGCCUUGAAGCUGCUCGAGAAGCAGCUCGACAGGCGCGGGCCCGAGCACCUGUGCCCGCAGUGCCCGACCUGCCCGCAGUGUCCAGGGCCUCCCCCUUGCCUGCCGCUCUGGCCUGCUGGGCUGGGCGGCUUCGUGGCGGGCGUCGCCACCACCGCGCUCGCGGCGCUGUGCGCUGGGCGCUGCAGGGGCCGCCGCGAGGGCGCCCGUCCGGCUCGCGCCGCCGGGCCGAGCCCGCCGUUGGGCCUCGCGGGCGGGCCGGCGCCGUCUGUGCCGGCGCCGGCGCUGGCCGCUGCCCCGGAGCCGAGGGCUCCUGCGGCGCUGCCGGGCGCGGCGGCGCUUCGGGGCCGGGCCUCGCACCGCGGGGCCGGGGUGCUGACGUUCGGCUGA